UUUGUGCUAUUAAUGUUCCUGCAUAAUCAUUUGAGUUCGGCCAGACUAGAUUGUGAAGCAUGUGUGCUGAAUUUGAUCAUAAAAAUGUAACAUCGCCAACAUCUAAGCAAAGUUAAGUUAUAGUUAGACAAUCUGUAAAAAUAGCGUCAUCCUAGUCACCCACCCUGCAAAGCCAUGAUCUGUUAUUCAUCUCAUGACUUUUAUGUCAUCUAAAUCAGUAGUAUAAUCCUAAAACAAAACGGAAGGAAAAAAAUCCAAUGUGCAAAUGGCAGUCAGGGCAUCAACUGUUUACAACAUUACAUAUUUGGGAUGGGGGCUGGCGUGUGAGGAAACCUAAUAAUGUGAUGAGAGCUUGUUUCUGGACUGAGACACUCACAGACAGAGAGGGAGAGGUGUCUUGAGGUCUUCACACUGCUGGGAAAGAGGACGGAAGUACUGGAUUUGUGUGAUCAUACAGAGUAGAUUCCAACUAGUGAAGACUGGGAAACAGGAUUAAAAAUAUAAAGUGCUCAUCUUCUGGAUGUUAUACCGUUGUGUGAUUACCACAAAGGACUUCAAGAUGGAAUCGUUUCUGGAUGCGCCAACCUCGGAUUUUUAAAAUGGUCGAUGGAAUAUAACUCCAAUAAUUUUCUGGAAUUACACUGGGGAAUGUUUUAGGCACUGUCCAGUUGCCUUUUGGUACUUUUUUUUUUUUAAUCACACAGUCUGCAAUUGAUUUUUGUUUUCCCAGAGUUCAUCAACUUUUGAAAUGCUGCCCUUGUUCUUGUUUUCAUUCCUCUGUUUUUCUGCUGCUGUUUUGGUCGCUGAGCAAAGUGCCGGUGACCUGCAGGGCGUCAGCCUCCCCAGUGGGGGAACAGGUUUCAAUCCAGGGGACCCCUGCAUGGUGGUGUCUCCACCAUGUGGAAGUGAGGCCGAUCGCUACAGCUUGGAGGCCCUGCGGAGCAUCCAUCAGAUGAUGGACGAUGACAAGGAUGGAGGGAUUGAGGUGGAGGAGAGUGUGGAGUUCAUCAUUGAAGACAUGAAGCAGCAGCAGACCAACAAACAUAGCCACCUGCACCGAGAAGACCAGCACAUCACAGUGGAAGAGCUUUGGAAAGGGUGGAAGUCAUCUGAAGUUCAUAAUUGGACCCAAGACGACGUUAUCCGCUGGCUCAGGGAGUUUGUCGAAUUGCCGCAAUAUGAGAAGAACUUUAAGGACUUCAAAGUCAAUGGAAACACACUCCCAAGGAUUGCAGCCAAUGAACCUUCAUUCCUGAGUGGCCAUCUCAGAGUCCAGGAUCAGAGGGACAAACAGAAGCUCAACAUUAAAGCUCUUGAUGUAGUGCUGUUUGGGCCACCUACACGUCCCCCUCACAAUUACAUGAAAGAUCUACUGCUCAUUGUGUCAGUAGUGAUGGGAGUUGGAGGCUGCUGGUUUGCUCAGGUGCAGAACAAAAGCAGCAAGAUCCACAUAACCAAGAUGAUGAAGGAUUUGGAAAGUUUGCAGCGGGCUGAACAAAGCCUCCUAGACAUGCAGGAACAACUCGAGCGAGCCCAGGAAGAGAAACGUAAUGUGGCUGAGGAGAAACAAAACUUGGAGGAGAAGAUGCGUGAUGAGAUCAUGGGGGCACAAGAGGAAGCCCAUCGCCUGCAAGCGCUGAGGCAGGGGGCCGUCACUGAGCUAAGCCGCCUCCGAUAUGCAGAAGAAGAACUCGUGCAGGUCCGUGGAGCGCUAAGACAGGCAGAAAAGGACAUGCAUGCCACUUGGACUGCCUCAGAAGUUCUCCAGCAGUGGCUCCAGUUGACCCAUGAAGUUGAGGUUCAGUACUACAAUGUCAAGAAACACAGUGCUGAAUUACAGCUUGCCACAGCCAAAGAAGAGGCAGAAAAAAUUAAGAAGAAGCGAAGCUCUGUGUUUGGGACUCUCCAUGUUGCCCACAGUUCAUCUUUGGACCAGGUUGACCAAAAAAUUCUAGAGGCAAAGAAUGCCUUGUCGGAGGUAACAGCAUGCCUGCGGGAGCGUCUCCAUCGCUGGCAACAGAUUGAGCGCAUCUGUGGCUUCCCCAUCAUUAGGAAUCCCGGCCUUCCCAACCUCACUGCUCUGCUCUACUCAGACUCACUUGCUGCCAGUUUUCCCCGAGUACCUCAGCCAUCUUGGUUAUGCCACAGCUCAGUUCAUGGCUCAAUCGAAGACCUGAUGGAAGAGUCUAUCCUAGUUCCCGGGGCACCACUUAAGAAUUCUCCUCGGACCCGAACGUCUACUGUACUGCGGUCACGUCGCCACGGUGUCACCCAAGCACCAACCACUCUCAUCUCGUCAGAUCCUGACCUUCUCAUCCCGAUUCGGGCUUCUUAUGCUUGUUUCGAUGAGGAUGACGGAGUCUUUCGUAAAACCAUUAAGAAACAAGACUCCCAAGAAAGAUUCUCAGAUUCUGACCAUUCCACUUCUUCUCAUAGCAAAAUGUACCCUUGUCCCACUGCUGAUCCCUCCCAUAGAAAGCUCUACCAUGACGAAACAGAACUUCUUCCAGAAAGGUGUGUGACAAAGCCUGUGAGUAAAGAAUUGGAACCUGAUGUUCAACCUCCGGUUCGGAAAUUUUCCAUGGAAGAAAUUCCUGUAGAUAUUUCCUGCAGGAAGAUGGCUACUGAUAAAGCUCUGGACAGUUCUUUGGAAAAUCCUCCGAUGGUGAUGUCAAAAGAUGGCUCUUUAAUUGAAGUGUCUUUCAGGAAGCGAUCCAGAGAUAGGAGUGAAGUUGUUAAUCGAAAGGUAUCGUCCAAUGAAUUAGAUUCCGAAUUUCCAUCCAGCAAACUAGAGAGAGAAUCGAUAGAGGACGUUACCGACAAUCCGUCAAGGGGUAAACCUCAAGAUCGAGGUGAUAUACCGCUUGAAGUCAAGAAAAUAGUUUGGGAUGAAGUAGAGGCAUCGAAAUUUGGACAAAAGAAGUUAUCGAGAUCUAUAAUGGGGGCUUCGGUCGACAGUGCCUCGAGAAAGCUACUUGAAGGUUCCGAGUAUCCAUUUGACUUAGUCGGCAGAAGGAUUACGAGAGACUCAAUGGGAAUGUCCUUGGAUGGAAGUUCUAGGCAGCUUGAUUGCUCUGUGAGGGGGAUGGCCAAAGACAAAGUGCUUGAAGUGCCUAUAAUACCCUCAAGAAAAAUCUCGAAAGAGGGUUAUUUUGCUGACACGGCAUCCGUAAAGGCUCUACCCAGAGAGGAAACAGAACAUAUGCAGUCUACAUCUUCAAUAGAGAAGCAAGAUUUUGGUUCAGAACCAUCAAUAAGUAGGAGGCAAGGUAAAGAGGAGUGUGAAGCAUCUCUAAGGCGGAAAACACCUCGAAUACCAAGAGAUGAGAAGUUUGCAGAAGAAAAUACCAUUCGGGAUAGAGUCGAGUCACUUACAGAAACACAUCGUCCUCAAAUGGUGAGGGAAGAAUCUGAAGAUUCUGAAUCAAACUCAGUAGCAGGUGAAAGCGAGCGGCCAGAUCUUACAAUGACCUCCAACGUGCCAUGGAAGUCAUCUGCGAAUGUUCUUGCAGCUGGUCCAUUGAGCCAGCUUGUUUACGAUGGAAUCCUGGAGAAGUCCUGCACCUCCAUGGCAGAAACGCCAACCAGUCUUUCUGCUUCGACUCCCAACCUUCCCCAGAGCUUCCCCAGGCUUCAGGCAGAGUCCGAACCACUGGUGGCUCCAGUAAGAGGCACCUCCCAAUCCACUCCAUCCUCGACUGAAGCUAAAGAUGACAGAAACAGAGAUAAAGAAAAAAGCAGGAAGUCCCUGAAGCUGAAAAAUCUUUUCAAAAAGAAAAAUGAAGCAACGGCAGAGAAGAUACAAAGUGGUCUACAGAAACUCUGACCAUGGCUUGAGGAUACUUUUGUCGUAUCUGGUGUACAUUGGCACUCAUUUUUAGAGUCGAAACAUCAAAGCGAUAUUAUCCCAUCGUCUCGAAUAACCUUUUUUUGGCCCUCAGGAAAAUUUACGAUUUGACUGUCAUGACUUUUACCGCCUGCUAUACUUCACUUGGUCAUUUCAUAGAUGGACCAUAAAAAGUUGAGCUCAGAUGAACUCCGUGGUGGGUGCUUGGGGUGCUUUGAGGUGCUUUGGGGGAACGAAAGCGCACACUGUGGCGGCUGUGUCGCAGGUCCCAAGAAUAUUUUUUUAUUUCAUGUGUGGCUUAGUGUUUGAGAACUUUAAACAUAAGAUAUAUCUCAGGCAGCUUUUUUUAGUGCUAUCUCAUAAAUAAUGUCCACCUUGAUAACCUACAAUGAAUAAGCUCCAGCCACUGCAUGAGGAAAUUU